AAUCGGUUUUUUAACGUUGGAUAUCAUUCGUGAAUUUGGAGAUCUGGUUGACAAUGGAGCUUCUGCAGAUGUUGUGGUCGGUGCAGUUCGUUCUUGCACUGGCAGUGAUGCUGUUGAGCGCCUUCGUAUUCUGGAGAAUGUCCCUGGCGGGUCUCGGAACGACGAAGAUGCUUCGCAAUUUCAAUCUUGAGCGUGUGCUCAAGCGUACAGACACGGAGUUGGCAUUACUGGGUAAUUUUAAGAGCGACAAACUCCAGCAAGCGGCGGUGGUGGUUAUUCAGACAGCGGCCAUGGACGUGGGAGCUUUGGGUCAAUUGCUGACGGGAAUGUCGCUACACAAAAUUCUUACGAAUGACAUCUACAGCACAUUUCAGGGCGACGUGUCACGUGACUUCAAACCCUACAAGGUGAAUUUGAUUUACCCGGCGACAGAACGCCAUAUACAAAAGCACACGGACCAGAACUUUUACAUGGUAGUGGAGACCAAGGAAACGUACCAAACGAUCACAAAGCCAUACAUCGACAGUAUUCCGGUGGAGAACAUUGAGUGGGUCUACAACAUCUUGGACCACAAAAGCGAGACUGAGCGGGUCAUCUGCGAAGAUGCAGACCCUCGAGAUGGAUUCAUUUUGCUGCCUGACUUCAAGUGGUCGGACCCCUCUAAUUUGGAGUCGCUCUACUGCUUGGCAAUCGUGCACGAUCGAUCACUUCGAUCGCUUCGAGAUCUCACAGGCACACAUUUGAAGUUACUGCACAACAUUCGAAACACUUGUCUGCAGGUAUUGAACACAAAAUUUGGAGUCGAACCCAGCUCGAUACGCAUGUAUUUCCACUAUCAACCGACGUACUAUCACCUGCACGUACAUUUCUCGCACGUCAAAAUGACCCUCGGAACGUUCUCAGGCAAGGCUGUGUUGCUGGACGAUGUGAUCUACAACUUGUCUGCCAACGGCGACCACUACAAGAACGCGUCUUUAUCUUUCGUGAUCGGCGAGAUGCAGCAUAAGCCGCUGUUCGAGCUGUAUCGUGACAAGAAAAUCGUUUAAGGCUGCUGAGAGACGAUGCGUACGUUGCUACAAAGCUUAAGCUUGUCAUGGAAAUAAAAUCCAAAAUUGCCGAU